AAUCUGCAGCGACUCAACACGACUCAAUGUCCUAAAAGCGAGUGACGCCCCCUGGUGGUUGGAAGAAACAACGACCCAUUACUGAGCUGUAGGAAACUAAGCUAUAUUUAACUCCAAACUUCCUAAAAGGGAAACAUGGAAAUUCUAAACUUCCCUUUUACAGUCAACUUCCCACGACUGACUUUAAACCUUUACAUUACAUACAGGUUUGACCCGUAUCCACUGGAUUUCCCAGACUGUAAUUCUUUCCACCGCCUCUCGUCACACGUUACCUGGACUGAAAGGCAGGUGAGCAGGUAUGAUCAGUAUUUCCGAAAAAGGCUCGUCUGACAGGAGUGAAGUUACGAGAGAGGAAAUCACAACAACGGGCUGCAGCCAAACUAGUGGUGCAGUUUUAGCCACAGUAGUCUGAUCACAUCUUAGAUAUAACACAAUGUCUACAGUCUAAUCCUGUCCAAUAUUCUGUCUCAUUUUCAAGUUGAACCUGUCAGAAAGUGACUGAAGUCCUGCUGGAGCGCUUGGUAUUAAUAUAAUGUGUCGUAAUAAUGUUUUGGCUUCCACAGCCGUUCUAAUUAUAGCAACAGAAGAUAAUUGUCUGACCCAUGACGUAGUAAGUGGUUUUUAAUUAGGCUAAUCAGCUGCAUCAAUGCUGAAUGCAUGAAUGUGGAAGAGGGAAUUUUCAUUCAUUCCUUUUUACUUUCUUCCUUUAAAUAGUGGAGAUAUGUGUUUCCUGAACUGCCACACACUUCCUCCUCUUGGAAACCAAUUUGUGCACGUGCAUGUGCACAGGUGCAUGUUUGUGCAUGUCUCUGUCGGAGCAGACAAUACCUGGUAAAAUCCCUUCAGUCCACUAUAAGAGGAGGCAGCAUGGAGACACACAUGCACAGAGUUCAACACACUCACAGAGAACCAUGGCGAUGAAGAUGCUGCUGGGCUGCUCCCUCUGCCUGCUCCUGCUGCUCAGCUGCCUGAGUCAGGCUGCGGAGGCUCGAACCCUGCACCUGGACAGCUGUUCUGUCACCGUCCACACACACGAGCUGCGCAAAUAUUUCUCCGACAUACGCUUGGAUGCGAUUGCAAAAGACAAUGAAAUUGGGGUAAAGCUCCUGGAUAAAUCAUUGAUACGGGAUGUGCAGGAGGGACAAACCUGCUGCUUCGUGCGUCUUCUGCUGCGGUUUUAUGUGGAGAGAGUGUUCAGCAACUACGCCUCGACCGAGCCGCAGCUCCAGCGCAGCUCCAGUGCCCUGGCCAAUGCUUUCGUCAUCAUCCGGAGAGACAUUCAUAAAUGUCACUGCCAAUGUAAGGAGGAAACCCAGAGAACGAUUGACUCUGUGAUGGCCGAGUUCACUAAGCUCCAGAUACAGCCGGCAGUGCAGAAGGCCGUAGGUGAGCUGGGCACGGUGCUGGAGUGGCUGGACCAGAAAACCCAUGCAUGAAGCGAGACAGAAUAACACUAAGGAGUGAACAUUUAACCUGCUUCACUUUGUGCCAUUUGCAUUUCUCUAUUUAAUACUUGAUUUAAUUUAAUGUGUGUAUGCUGAUAUCUGGGUGGUUUUUAUUUAAGUUGUAUUUAUAAUUAGUUAUAUUUUGUUAUAUGUGUUGAUGUAUAUUACAUUUGAGUGUCGGUGUGGGUUUGUGCCAAAUAAAUGCUUUAUUCAAGUUG